AUGAAAAAAUAUUCUCUUAUUUAUUUCUUAUUCUUCUAUUUAAUAAAAUAUUCAUCGACAACUCUUGUUGAUUCAAUAGUAACAUUAUCAUGGUCACCGGAUGGAUCACUACCAGUAACAGAUCGUUUUUUAACUAGUAACACACAAAUUCAAGUAAAAAUUGUUUGUCGUGAACCAUCAAUAAAUACAAAUAAAACUCAAGAUAAAAUAAAAAGAAGUUUAAAUAAAGAAUAUGAAAAAGUUAAAGUUAAAAUAAGUGGUCGAAUUGGUCGUAUUGUUGGAUGUUUACCAUUACAAUCGGAUACAUUUAUGACAACAAACCAAUUAACAUCAAAAGAUAAUAAAGAUACACAAAAUUUAUUACAAAAAAUUUAUGAUGAUUUAUGGAAACAAAUGGAACAAAGAACAUUUACAAUGCAAACAAUUAAUUGUGAUACACCAGUAGAAUUAGAUAUUGAUGAAUAUACAAAUAUAACAGGACCUGAAAUUUCACCAGAAAAAGCUGCACAAACAAGGAAACAAUUUUUAAAAGAAGGACGUGAACAAAUGAAUACAAAUCAACAAAAUAAUUUUCGUCGUCGUCGUCGUCGUGCUGCUGAUGAAACAACAAUGAAAUCAAAUGAUAAAAAGACACCAUUAGCAUCUGCUAUAAGUAAACAAUUAGAAAAAAGAUUACAAACAUGGACUGAUGGUUAUUAUUUUAUUGAAAUUUUUCGACCAGUGUUUACUGAUUCAAAUAGUCUUGAACUUGAUGUUGAUCUUACUCUAUCAAUGAAAAAUCGUCAUGGUGGUUAUAUAACAGCUGAUGAAUAUCCAGCAUUAGUUUUUUAUGGUGUUAUGUGUGGUAUCUAUGCAUUAUUUGCUCUAUUAUGGUUUAUUUGGUGUGCAUUCUAUUGGCGUGAAUUACUUAAAAUACAAUUUUGGAUUGGUGGUGUUAUUCUUAUUGGUAUGAUUGAAAAAUCAGCAUUUUUAGCUGAAUAUGAUACUGUUAAUCGACAUGGAUAUAAAGUUCAUGUUGCUAUUGUUACAGCUGAAGUACUUUCAUGUUUAAAACGUACUGUAUCACGUAUGCUUGUUAUUAUUGUUGCACUUGGUUAUGGUAUAGUUAAGCCACGUUUAGGACCUUUAAAACAAAAAGUAAUUGCUAUGGGUAUACUUUAUUUUGCAAUUGCUACAACAGAAGCAAUACUUCGUUUAAAUACAAAAAAUGAUGAAACAAAUAAUAAAGUAUUAAUAUCACGUAUACCAUUAGCUGUUGUUGAUGCAACUAUUUAUUAUUGGAUAUUUACGGGUUUAGUUGCAACAACACGAACAUUACGUUUAAGAAAAAAUAUUGUUAAAUUAAAUGUUUAUAGACAUUUUACAAAUACAUUAAUAUUUGCUAUUGGAGCAAGUUUAUUAUUUAUGAUUUGGUCAUUAAAAUCACAUGUUUUUACAGCAUGUAUUACAAAUUGGAGAGAAUUUUGGGUUGAUGAUGCAUUUUGGCAUAUACUUUUUUCAUUAGUUCUUCUUGUCAUUAUGUUUUUAUUUCGACCAUCAAAUAAUAAUCAACGUUAUGCUUUUGUUCCUUUACUUGAUCAAUCGGAUAAUGACAAUGAUGAGUUUGAUGAUGAUGAUGAUGAAAGGGGUGAAUCGGCUGUAUUUGAUUCUGUAACAAUGCGUAAAGCAACAAAUAUUGAAAAUGGUGCAGCACCGAAGAGUAAAAAACAACAACAAGCAUCUUUAAAUCGUGAAGCAAAUGUAUCCGGUAGUGGAGCUGGAGGCUCAAAUGAUAAUGAUGUUGUUGAAGAUGCUUUAACAUGGGUUGAAAAUAAUAUUCCAACAUCACUUGCUGAUCAAGCAUUACAAGCAUUGGAUAGUGAAGAUGAAAUUGUUAAUACUAAAUUAGAACGAUCGAAAAUGCAGUAA